CGUGUCAACUAUUUCUGUUACUGCACACGUGUGUGUAGGGAAUUGUGGAAGUGACGUCACGCUCGACAUGUUCCCCACCGGCGAGGGAAAAUUUCCCUGCGUCAGUUGUCCCUACACUCUUGUCGUGGUUACGCGUGUUCGCUGGCUAACGACACCAUUUUAGCAUUUUUAAUGUCGCUUUCUCUCGUAGAUGGAAUGUAUUAUGAUGAAUUAAAGUAAUUCGUUUUGUUAAUAUCGAUGAGUGCCUGCGUAUUUCUUAAUAAAGUUGUUCUUAAACGAAGCAAAUAGCCGGAAAUAAAAAAUCGUUCGUAACUUUUAAACGGUUGAUCAUAAUAAAUAUAUAAACAUGAAAAUAGUAACAUAUGCUCCAGAAGCAUGGAAAUAUUUAAAUGGAAUAUUUUGUAUAUAUAAACCUGCUGGACUUAAAUUAGAAAUGACCAAGAAAAUUUUAUUGACAAAUCUUGUCCAAGAUUUUAAUGAACUGGAAGUACGUCCACCAAGAAAUUAUGUACGAAUAGAAGGAUCAGUUGCAAGUGGAAAAAGUUUAUCAGUUAAAGUGGUCCCAAAUUUAGCUGACCAUCCUCUUGUUGUUGGUCCAAGAUAUCAGAAACAGGACUUUAAUCUUCAGUCAGCAGUACACCAUGGAAAUAACAUAUCAGGAAUAAUGGUUAUGGCAAUCAAUGAUCAAAAUAAACUUUUAGACAAGUUUCGCUAUGGAAAUCACUUGAAAACAUAUCACAUAAAGGGUCAGUUUGGAUAUGCAACUGAGUCAUUUUUUGCAGAUGGAAAAAUAAUAGAAAAAGCUACAUAUGAACACAUAAAACAUUCAGAUAUAGAUCGUGCUGUUUCCUCAGUACAGUGUGCCCAUCAGACUCAUGCAUAUAAGUAUGCAGGAGUUCCAUUAGAGAGUCAAACUGCUUAUGAAUUAGCAAGUCAAGGAAUUAUAAGGCCUGCUGGUAAAUCUGUUGCACUGAUUUAUAAUAUAAGAUGUAUUCAUUUUGACAUACCUAAUUUUACUCUAGAGGUACAUUGUAUUAAUGAGACAGAACUUUACCUAGCACAACUUGUUCAUGAUUUGGGACUUUACUUGAAAUCUUGUGCUGUGUGCGUGCAAUUGCGAAAAAUUCGGCAUGGUCAUUUUACUCUAGAUCAUGCUCUUUUGAGAAAACAUUGGACUUUAGAGCAUAUUUUAAACAAUAUUCAGUUUUGCAGAAGUCUUGUGGACAAAGAUAAGUUGCUUCCUUCCAUGCCAUACUUUGAGAAAUUAGAUGAAUCUGCACCAAAAUCUUUAGUUUCCUUAGAAAUAGAUUAGAAUUGUAAUUUAGUUUAUGCAAAAUAAAUUAUAUUUUAUUA